AGAUUGUUUACAUUGUGUCCCAGUAGGAGACGCCGGCGAAUGUUGACGGUCGUGAGUGAGACACUAAACAGUCAUUGGGAGAAUAGACCCUUCACGAAAACUGCACGUACCAUCAAGAAGAAGAAGAAGAGGCACUAAUAAGAAGCAUGGCGUCACUUCUGGAGUAUCUAAAUACUACAAGAGAAGCUCUGAAGUCAUCGCCAGGGGCCAGCCUUCACGUGGUCUUGGGCAACGAGGCGUGCGACUUGGACUCCGCUGUUAGUGCUCUCGUCUACGCCUUCUUAAUAUACUCCUUACAGCAGGUGCCCAAGGAAGGAGAGGGGGUGGUGGUGGUCCCUGUACUCAACAUUCCCCGACAAGACUACCCGCUCAAGACGGAGGUGAUCUACUGGCUUAAGAAGCACCACAUCCACUCACAGGCGCUCUUCUUCAGAGAGGAUGUGGACCUGAGUGAGCAACAGAGGGCGGGGAAGCUCCAGCUCACCCUUGUGGACCACCACGUCUUGCCAGCUGCCGAUGCCCACCUCGACACCUCCGUCGUGUUUGUCCUUGACCAUCGCAAGCUCGAGCGCCGGCCUGACUCAGUGCCUGGAGGAGUGGUGGUGGAGAUGGUGGGGUCCUGCUGCACCCUGGUGGCAGAACAGAUAUUGUCACGAAACCCCACCUUGCUGGACGCUGUCACUGCUGGCUUGCUCUAUGGAACGAUUAUUUUGGAUACGGUUAACUUGAACGAGGCGGCCAAGCGAGUCACCCCCAAGGAUGUUGAUAUUGUCCAUCGUCUCCGGCCCCUCCUCCAGUCGUCUGUAAAUAGAAACGAAAUCUUCCAAGAGCUGACAACUGCAAAAGGGAAUGUGUCCGGCCUGACCACAGAGCAGCUGUUGAGGAAGGACCUGAAGGUUGUGUCGGCAGGAGACCUAAAAGUUGGGGUGGCCUCUGUGCCCAUGAUGGUCAAGAAAUUCCUCGAGCAAACUGAGUUGGCCAAGACACUCUCGGAUCACUGUAUCAGUCAAGGCUACAGUGUCUUGGUUAUCAUGGGUAUUGACAUCUCCGGGGAGACUGUCCGCAGGGAUAUUGCUAUAUUUUCACCCCGAGACGGCUUCAGGAACCAGCUGGUGCAACACCUGUGUGAGGCCCAGGACAGAGUGCUGCAGCUGCUGCCAUUUGAGUCAGGCGUCGACGGGUGUUCGGCUUUCCUCCAACGUAACACAGCCGCCUCAAGGAAGGUUGUCCUCCCCUUUAUCAAGGAGUGGUUGGCCAAGAAGAAGCUUGAUGGCUUGGAUGACCAUCAAGAACCCUUGACAGGUCACUAAAGAAUAUCAUGAUGGGUAAAUAUAAAACUUAUGACUAGCUGGCUAUUAAGAAUCAAUGGAUUUACCAAGAUUCAUAAAAUGCAUUUCGAUGGUUGUUCAAAAUAUUGUCUCAUUGAAUAAGACAAAGUUUCUUCUGCAUGUCUAACAAGAGUGUAGAGGGACUAACAAGAUGCUCUGUCAUCGGAAAUAUAUCCUGGAUGACCACUGAAUGGACACCAAGAACCACUGGUCAGCGACCAGGGACGCCGAAUCACAAUGGACUAACCAAUAUCCGCAAAGACCCACUGAUUGGAUAGAUAUAGAUAACCACUAACUGGAUACCCACUAAGCAUGUCUGGAUAGUUAGUAAGAAUUGCCUAUGGCUCUCGAGACGGGCAGCCUGUAGCUACCAGUCUUAUGGCAGCUGUGAGACAGCUAUUUUCCCACUAUUUUACGCUAAAGAAAAUUGAUAAAAAAAACUUCAGCAAAAUUGCCAGAAUUGAGGGAAAAUAGAACGAGGGGAAAAACCUGAAAACUGCCAGUGUUUUAAAGUUUUAAUAUUGACAAGCAGUGUAAUUUUGCAAUUUACUUCUACGUUGGUUUUAAUAUGUACAAUAAAUUUAUAAAUGGUGUAUAUAUAUAAAUGUAUAUUAUAUGUAUAGCUGUAUAUAUAAUAUAUAUACAGCUAUAUAUAUUUAUAUAUAAAAGCCAGCUUAUAUAUUUGGGGCAGCUUGGUUCUAAGUGGUUACUAUAUAUAGCGACCAAUUAACAUUCCCCUUGUUAUAACCUUUCAUCCGCUUUCUCCUCCCCUUUCUUAUCUUAAACAAAGGUUAUCUAAGAUACAAAAAUAGUGGAGGCAACUUUUGUAAUAGUUUAGCUCUGACACAAACAGUUUAUAAGUUUUAGCAAUAAACAAUUCAACAUAAACAA